UAUUUAUUAUUUAUAUAUUUAUCCAAUUUGUUACAGUGUUUUCUAAUGUUCGGAUAGUUUCGUUUCCAUAGUCAAACAGAAAACAGACGUACAUUUUUUUUUUAAUUUUUUUCUAAAAGAGAAAAGAAAACAAGAAAUCAAAACCAGCAAAAGCCCAAAAGAAGACAAAACCCCAAAAUCAAACAAGAAGAAGCCACCACCGAUGAAAGCAAUGUGAAAUAAUAUGCGGCGUUGCAAGCGAAGCAAAAGCAAGUAGCCGCACCGCAUCACCUCCACCUCCUCCAUCACCAGCAUCUCCGAAAUUCCCUUGUCACUUUCACAACAACAACAACAGCAACACUGCUUCUAUCCUAUUCUCUCUUCUACUUGAAGCUUCUCUUCUUCACUUUCCAUUUCUUAAAAUACACACACACACACCUCUUAUGUUGAUAUUAUUCUUCUCCUUCUCCUCCUCUUCGUCGCCGUUUUCACUUUCACAAUGUACGGACACGAUCUCUUCUUCUUCUCCUCUCUGAUCAACGCCACCAGUCCUGAUGAUCAUCCCAAACUCCUCGGCGGCUUGUUCCUCGAUCAUGAAACCAUUCCUUUUCCUUCCUUAAUCACCAAAAUUCACUUCUCUUCUUGUUUUCCAAAGAAAACUUUGUUAAGAUUCGACAAUCGAGCUCAUGUCAAGAAAGCUCUAUUUUUAUCUGUGAGCUUGUCAAUAAAAGAAGAGGAAGAAGAAGAAGGACAAGGUUACGUUGGAGAACAAAAUGCGGCGGAGAAAGUCAAAGUUGGGAGAUCAGGAUCAGCUGCUCUCAAUACCACCAAACAUCUCUGGGCUGGCGCUUUUGCUACUAUGGUUUCAAGAACUUUUAUAGCACCUUUGGAGAGACUGAAGCUCGAGUAUGUACUCCGUGGGGAACAGAAGAACCUUUUUGAGCUCAUUAAAACAAUUGGUGCAGCUGAAGGGCUGAAAGGUUUUUGGAAAGGGAACUUUGUUAAUAUUCUUCGAACUGCUCCUUUUAAAUCUAUCAAUUUCUAUGCUUAUGAUACCUAUAGAAAUCAACUCCUCAAAUUGUCUGGGAAUGAGGAAUCCACUAAUUUUGAGAGAUUCUUAGCUGGUGCUGCAGCUGGAAUUACUGCUACCUUACUCUGCUUGCCAAUGGACACUAUAAGGACAAAGAUGAUAGCACCUGGUGGGGAAGUUUUUGGUGGUGUAAUUGCAACUUUCCGCCACAUGAUCCAAACUGAAGGGUUCUUUUCUCUUUAUAAGGGUUUAAUACCCUCAGUAGUAAGCAUGGCACCUUCAGGUGCAGUUUUUUAUGGUGUUUAUGAUAUUUUAAAGUCUGCUUAUCUCCAUUCACCGGAAGGCAAGAAGAGAAUUCAGAACUUGAAACAAGAAGGCCAGGAACUGAAUGCUUUAGAACAACUCGAGUUGGGACCCAUUAGGACAUUGCUUUAUGGAGCUAUUGCUGGUUGUUGUUCUGAAGCUGCUACAUAUCCUUUUGAAGUUGUGAGGAGACACCUUCAAAUGCAAGUCCGAGCAACAAAGAUGAAUGCAUUGGCAACAGGUGUCAAGAUAGUCGAACAAGGAGGCAUUCCUGCUCUUUAUGCAGGAUUAGUACCCAGCUUAUUGCAGGUUUUACCUUCAGCUGCCAUAAGUUACUUUGUGUAUGAGUUAAUGAAGAUAGUGCUCGAAGUUGAGUCCACAUAGACAUUUUUUCCACUGUAUCAAAACCUCAGAGGUGAUUGCUGGUGUACUUCCAUUACAUGAUGUUUUAAGUUUGUGCCUUGUUUGGACACCUUGAGCUAGUCUAAUUUACGUGUACAUUAUUUUUUUUACAUAUCUGAAGGAAAAUAAUUUGCCAUAGUUCAUAUUCCUCCAACCUGUCCCUGGCAUUUUAACUGGGAAAAAUGAAGAAAACCCUUUUUCAAGUGUAUUCUGAUUGGUAGCAGAAGACUGGUGGCCACGUAUUAAGUUGUAUGCUGCUCUUUUUCUUUUUAAAUUUUUAUUUGGAUCACAGCAGCAUAACGAAAUGUACCAAAAGCUUUUUGCUUAAUCUGUGUGUCAGAUUUUGGCUCAUCAGUUCCAACUUCCAAAUAUAAUAAUAUCUUUUUUCUUUUUUUCU